AAACGUCAACGCCAAUCAACAAUCCGUCAAACGUCAUAACAAUCAUCCAUUCGUUCGUCCGUGACUGAUAACACCGAUUCCUUAUCGAACCCAUCUCCAAUCACUAAUCGAAGGUCAACUUCUCAACCUGUAUCCUAGAAUGAUUACACCUUAUCACCCGCAUUCACCAACAACCCCCCUUCACAUGAUCCUCUUGCCAUGAAAGCGAAAGUGGACCCCAAAGUGUGUGGUGUGUGUGGCGAUAAGGCCCUCGGUUACAACUUCAACGCCGUCACCUGCGAGAGCUGCAAGGCCUUCUUCAGACGCAACGCUUUAGUACAAAAACAGUUCAAGUGCCCUUUUAACGACAACUGCGAGAUUAACACAAUCACUAGGCGCUUCUGUCAGAAAUGUCGCCUGGACAAGUGCUUCGCCAUCGGCAUGUGCAAAGACUUGAUCAUGUCCGAAGAGGACAAGAACCUCAAGCGACAGAAAAUCGAAGAGAACAGGGCGAAGAAACGUAGCAGAUUUCACGGGUUUAAGACUUUCAAAAAGGUUAAAAAAGAGGACAAAGUGGUGGGCGAAGAGGCUGACUCUCAGGAUUCGUCGACUGUCGAUUCAGAUAGUUCGAAGGAUAUGUAUCAGCCUAAUGGGGGGCAGAUUGUGAGUGUUAUUAGUUACAUGGAUUCAGGGAGUGAACGCUUGGUUACAUCAAGUGACGACGUUUCUAUGAUUAGGAAUAUGUUAAAUACGACUCCGAGUGACGUGUUGCAGAAGACUGUAGAUGAGAAUGCUUUGGUUUCGAUGAUUAAUAAUGAUGUCAAUUGUAAUAAUACUGAAGCGACAUCAGCUAAUCAAGGAGGCAGGGGCACGGAAGACGUUACUAAAGAUGUGGUUGAAGAUGUACAUAGAGUUUCCAUCGAGCCGAACUCGAUCGAGUCAAUCCUUUGUGAAGCAAUAAAACUGGAAUACGAGGCGUAUUCGUCAAUUGCCCAGUGCCAUUCAAAUUCUCGUGAAUUAAACGACGCUGAAAGAGCCAAAUUGAAUGAGUUAAUCGUUGCCAAUAAAGCCCUCGUAACUCCGCUGGACGAUGAAUUGAACAGCCUCAUAGGAAACGAUUACAAAUUCAGAUCACUGUUACAGGGGAACCCCCAACAAGCCCUCGAAGCCGACCCUGCCCUUGUCGAUGUGAUAAAUCUAACAGCAGUCGUCAUCCGACGAUUAAUCAAAAUGGCGAAAAAAAUCAACGCUUUCAAAAACAUGUGUCAGGAGGAUCAAGUGGCUUUACUUAAGGGGGGUUGUACGGAAAUUAUGCUGUUAAGAAGCGCAAUGAACUACGACCCCACAAAGCAAACGUGGAAGAUCCCUCACAGUCGAGAAACGUUCAACCUUAACGUUGAUAUUCUAAAACUGGCCAAAGGCAACGUGUAUCAAGAACACGAACGUUUUAUUAACACGUUCGACCUAAAGUGGCGCUCUGACGAAAAUAUAAUCCUGAUCUUAUGUGCCAUUACUCUAUUUACGCCGGAUCGACCUCGUGUGGUUCACCAAGACGUAAUUAAACUCGAACAAAACGCGUACUAUUACUUGUUGAGGAGAUAUUUGGAAAGUAUAUACCCAGGAUGCGAAGCGAAAUCCACAUUCCUUAAGUUAAUUCAAAAAAUCGCAGAAUUACAUAAGUUCAACGAAGAGUUAAUUAAUGUAUAUUUAGAUGUAAAUCCGUCACAGGUUGAACCCUUACUCAUCGAGAUAUUUGAUUUGAAACACUGAUGUUUUUUCAUGACUUGCGGUAAAUGUAAAUAAGUCGAAUUUCAACAUUCAAGCAAUAAUUCUUAUUUAUUAUGUAAAUAAAUUGUUUUAAGUAUCGUAGAAA